CACGAAGCGCAUCUUUUUGGCCACAUUGCCAUGGAGCUGACUGGGGGCAGCAGACCGACGCAUCCUGGCAAAUGAAAUAAGACUACAAUACGAUGCAAUGCAUGAAUGGACCCGUUAGCCUACUAAAUUGUGAGGCAUCCCUAAGUUGGCUGUCCCAUAUCACCACGACAACCAAACCACACCUUGGAGACGGUGGAAGGUAACUAGGAAGACAGGGGAGAGGAGCAUAGCGGACGGGAACAAGGAGGAGUGAAAAAGGACUCUUCUCUUUAGAAAUGGGCUAUGAUGUGGAGAGGUUUGUGGGCUAUGUCAAUGAGGGUUUGUUGUGCAGCGUGUGCCGUUGUGUGUGCGAGGAUGCGGUGAUGUCGCCGUGCGAGCACGUGUUCUGCCGGGUGUGCAUCGGCGCCUGGCUAUCCCAGCAUGCCACCUGCCCAGAGGACCGCACACACCUCGCACACACACAGCUCCGACCCCUCUACAGGUAUAUGCGGAAUGACCUGAUGAGACUCCAGAUCCGCUGCGUGUUCCACGUACACGGCUGUGAUGUCAUCACAUCUCUCGAGGCCCUAGACAGUCAUGAGGCUGAGUGCGACUAUUCUCUACUGACAUGCAGCAACACAGGGUGUGAGGUGAGGAUGUGUCGGAGGGAGCUGGAGGCUCACCUCAGUGUGUGUGAGUUUGGCAGCCGAGGGAGUUUAGGCUCCGACAGCAAGGACUCCCAUGCCUGCAUAAACGAUCUUCGCACAGAACUCCAUCUGCUCAGGGCAGAAUGUGUUUGCAAGGUGGAGGAGUUGAGAUGUGAGAUGGAAUCCAGGCUGGAUUCCCAGCGUCGACACAUGGUGCAGAGAGAGAACCUGCUGAAGAAUGAAGUGGAGGAACUGAAGGCGCAGCUGUCCUGCGUGAUGUCUGACGUGUGUGUGCUGCUGGCCGCUGAGCGCUCCCGUCGCCAGGAGCUGGAGAAGGCGGAACAGGAGAAGGCGGAGCUCCUGGAGCUGCUGAAGGAGGGGCAGAGACACACCACGCCCCCUGCCCACACCGUACCGGCCACUCCCACGGCGGACAGCAGCCCAGGACCUCGCAAGAGCGGCUCCCGCAGCCUCACCCUGGACUGCAUCAAGAGGAAGAGCAAAGAGACUUUAUUAUUGACAGGACAGUACGAGAGGUGAACAGGAAGCGAAUGGGGAGAGACGGGAAGGGGUCGGCAAAGGACCUGGGCCGGGAAUCGAACCUGGGUCAGCCGCAUGGCAGGCGAGUGCCCUACCGGAUGGCCACGGCAGGUCCUAAGCUCCAAUUCCACAUGUUGAGUGGAUAACUCAGUGUUUCUCAACCUUUUUUUAGGGCGAGGCACCCUUUCAAUUAAUGAAAAAUGUCAAGGCACCCCAAACCAACAAGCCGUAACUCGGCAUCGCAUCUGAUAUCACACAAGCUUGGAAAAGUAACACAUUUGGAGAUGUCACACAACCUAUGUUCGAACUUGCAACUUACGGGGGUGACUUAAAUUUACUUUAUUGUGCGUAAAUGGCAGAUGAAAGAUUCCACUGACUAAGCAUUCAUUUAUAAAUUUAGACAAAUAUGUAUUAUAUCACGUAAUUAAUUUAUCGGCCACGUUUGCACCCCGGUUGAGAAACACUGGGAUAACUUACCAAGUAGAUAAAAAGAAAUAAGCAAAAUGUAUGAAGUAUUGCCAUCAUGGUCACUGUAAAUUCCUUUAUAUGACGACUAAAAAUCUCACAUCCAACUGAAUAACAUAUUACUGCCACAAUUUCCAGAAUCCAAACCAGUUAAUUGUGUGUAUAUGUAGAUGUUGUACUUAUUUAUCAUGAAAAAUCUUGGAAUGUUUUACACCAUGGAUUUUAAUGUAUGGUUGAAUGUAAUAUAUCAAUGUGUAUCUAUGAGUGCGUUUACAUGCAGUUCAGUAUCCCGAAUAUGAGGCUUAUCCCGGUUAUGAUCAUAUUCGGGAUAAGGUGUUUAUAUGCGCA